AUGACAUUGACAAAUAAAGGCAUAAAGACAAAAUAUUGGGAAAUCCAAGAUUUCUUUGUGGCCAUUGAUCUAUCAGGCAACAAGUUUGAAAGAGAAAUUCCAAAAAUUUUGGGGAAUCUAAAAGCACUUCAUAUGCUUAACCUUUCCAACAAUAUUCUUACUAGUUUUAUCCCGUUGUCUUUGGCAACCUUAACAAACCUGGAAUCACUAGAUCUUUCUCAAAAUAUGCUAGUUGGAGAGAUUCCUCCACAACUAGUGAAGCUCACCUUCCUUGCUUUCUUGAAUGUGUCUUAUAAAAAUCUUACAGGACCUAUACCACAAGGGAAACAAUUUCUCACAUUUCAAAACAAUUCAUUCUAUGGAAAUGUAGAAUUGUGUGGAAGUCCAUUGUCCAAAAGAUGUGCCAAUUCAAAGGACCCACCAACUCCACCUUCAAAUUUUGAAGCAAACCAAGGCUCAGAGUUUUCAUUUGAGUUUGGCUGGAAGGUAGUUGCGAUGGGAUAUAGAUGUGGAUUUAUGGUUGGAUUUUUUGUUGGACAAAUUAUAAUCACAAGGAAGAGUGGUUGGUUUAUAAAGUCCUUUGCAAUUGGCCAUCCAACAGGAAGAGGGUGA